AUGGUAAGACUAACGCCGGAACAAAAGCAGUUCUACAAGGAUAACGGUUAUAUUCUAAUCAAGAACCCGUUCACAGAAGAAGAGCUGACAAGAUUGUGUAACGAAUAUGAAAAUCUGUUCCAAAGAAAGAAUCAAGACAAGACAGAAAGUUCCUGGGUCGGAAGCGACGAUAAUUUUAGAGAAAACAACGGUCCAUAUACGGUGAAAGGAAUCCACAACCUGCAGAUGCAUCAUGCCGAAUUCGGGAAGGUGCUGUACCACGAGGAACUAUUGGAUGCGCUCGAAGAUAUCAUGGAAACGAAAAAUAUAGCUCUCCACCACACAAAGGCUCAUUACAAGCCUCCAGAAAGAGGAGCUUCAUAUCCCAUGCACCAGGACUACCACUAUUUCCCUUACAAAAACGAUUCAAUGGUUGCGGCAUUCAUCAAUUUGGACGAUUCAUCGCCUGAAAAUGGAGGCCUAUUUGUCUACCCGGGGUCACAUAAGCUAGGACCACUGGACGACGUUGGUGGACGGGAAACGAAACAUUUUCACUAUGUAGAUCAGAGCAAAUUUCCGAUAGAAAAGGCGACGCCGGUUAUUGCUCAGCGUGGUGACGUUGUUGUCUUCUCCUACCUUCUAGUGCAUGGCAGCACACCUAAUCUUUCCACGAAACCAAGACGUAUGCUACUGAUCCAGUACGCUGACGCUCAUGAUGAACCAGUAGCAGGUGAGAAAGCCCAACCUGGUCGAGGUUUGGUGCUAAGAGGUGUAAACAUGAACAGAGAUGCUACAGUCGCGAAUCGUCAUGUUGAAUAA